UUCACCCGAAGUCAAACAAUGAAGUUGACUAUGGACUUGGUUUUGGUUCUCAGCCUCCUGGUUGUCACAGUGGCCAGUUCCAGCGGGCAGACAUACAUCACUGGUGAUGCUACAUGUGACAAUCAGAUGUCUUUCUAUGCUGAUGGUGUUCUGUACAGUAAUGCUAAUGAUAACAACUGGCCUCGAUCUUCACCAGUCAGUAUCCCUGGUGAUACCCAAGUUGUUGCUGUAAAAUGUGUAGACCAAGGUGUGGUAGGUGGAAUCAAGCUGGCAUUAAGUAACGGUAUCAAAACUGACGCUACGUGGAAAUGUUCAGCUAAGUAUGAAAAAGGAUGGAAUCUACCUGGAUUUGAUGACGGUGCAUGGGAAAACGCUAUACUUGCAAGUUAUAACUGGGGCUCAAAUCCAUCUUCUCUGAAUGGCAAAGCGGAAUGGAUUUGGACAAGCGGAUAUCGAGGAGAGGAUCUGAUAGUCUAUUGUAGAAGAGUAAUUGUAGUAAAUGGUGGUUGGUCCGAUUGGUCUGAAUGGAGAUCGUAUGGUCCAUGUAAAGCCUGUUGUGGUACUGGUAAAAUAAAGCAAUGGAGGUCAAGAACAUGUACUAACCCCGCCCCUGGACCUGGUGGUGCCGGUUGUGUGGGUUCAAGUUAUCAAUUCAGAACAGCAGAUUGUUUAACCGGGGCCUGUAAAGAUCGAUGCCCAGCAAACACAGUAAAAUAUUUCCCUUACCCAGGCGAUAGAAGGCGAUUUUGUCAAUGUGAUAACCGCGUUGCAAGACCAAUGAACUGUGCACCUGGUACAGUCUGGAACCAAAAGUACUGGACAUGUGUCCAUGGCUCUGGCUGUGGCAGUGGCAUACUCCUCACAGCUGACCAAACUGAUUGUACUAAAUUCUAUAAAUGUGUUCUCGGUCUACCCGUUGGAGACGCAGUUUCUUGUCCAGAUGGCCUAGCUUUCAACCCUUACUCAGGAAACUGUGAUUUCAUUGCCAGCGUUCUCGAAUGUUAAGGAAUACACGACUCAUUUCCUAUGGUUCAACGAAACAUACCCUCGUUAUAGCUAAACUAAUUGUUUAUUCAUUUAUGAUUUAAGCUUAAUUAUUAUUAUAGUUUUAAUUUUAAGUCUACAUUUUUUUUCUGAUCGAUCACUGUUUAAAUUAGGUUUUAAGCGCCUGUAGAUACUAGAAAUAUGUUGAUUUUGUA